AAAUAUCUAGAAAAUCGUGGCACUAUGAGCCUGAUACGUAUGCGUGAGGCUGCUCCCGAUUUUAAUUCGAUUGCUUUGGUUAAUGGUUGCAUGAAGCCGAUAGCGUUGACCGAUUUUCGCGGAAAAUAUGUGAUCAUGCUCUUCUAUCCGGCCGCUUUCUCCAAUUUGUGUCCCACCGAGUUGCAUGCAUUCAGCGAUCGAGCUCAGGAGUUCCGGACCGUGAACUGCGAGAUCAUUGCCUGUUCCACGGACAGCAUUUAUGUGCACACGGCUUGGGCGCAGAUGCCGCGCAAUACGGGCGGAUUGGGCGAAAUGGAUAUUGCCCUGAUGACUGACAAAUCCAUGAAGAUAUCACAGGCCUAUGGCGUGCUGGACGAGGCCACUGGGAUGGCGCAUCGUGCUCUCUUCAUUAUUGAUCGCGAGGGAUUGGUGCGGCAGAUAACGAUCAAUGAUCUUCAUGUGGGCCGCAAUGUCGAUGAGGCGUUACGUUUGGUGCAGGCUUUCCAAUUCACCGAUGAAUUUGGUGAGGUGUGUCCAGUUAACUGGAAGCCCGGCCACAAGGCCAUCAAACCUGAUAGCGCCGGCAAGGAGGAGUACUUCAAGUAUGCCAACUAAGGACACGAACACUUUCCCCAAGGAGUGCAAGCAGGAUGAGAGUUUGUUGAGAUUAAAUUUGUUUUUCGGGCAUUACACAAAGUGAAUAAAUACUUAUAACCCUUUAGCUAAUACACAGAA